AAAAUCGCAGACAUUCAGAUCUAGCGAAAAAAUAGAAACCCACACACUCUGGUCUGGUGUUGGUUCUUCUAUACUUCUAUUGUUGGUCGAAACGAAGGAUCAAUAUAGAAGCUUAAGUUUAGCCACAGGUUGUUAUCAAUUUUGAUAGGUAAUUUAGAUCCAGGCUUUUAUUCCUACCCUGGAUUUCUGAGUUUCUAAUCCAAGUUUGUGCUACCAAAAGCUUUAAGCUUUGAGCUGCAAAGUUAGAGUUUUGCUUGUGAAGUGUCGAUUUUCAAUGAUCUGCUAACUGGGUAAGCCUAAAGUUCUCAAAUUUUUUGGGUUUCAGUUUAGUAUAUGUGAUUUUAAGAGGUUUAUUUGAAGCUAUCGUAAAGUUUGUGAGAUAUGUGGAAUUUGUGAAUUAUAGUUCGUAAUUUGAUAGAAAGGUUGUUAAUUUCUGUACUGGGUGGAUUUAGAUUUUUGAGUUGUGUUUUGUUGUUCAAAGGCAAGCAAGAUAGGUAUUGGAGUGUUAAAGUUUUAGGAUAUUGGGUUUGUGUUUGGAGAAAUUAGGAUGGGUGAGAAGCUUUGGGUGAAUGAAGAAGAAAAGGUCAUAGUGGAGUCAGUACUAGGCACCGAAGCCUGCCAGGUGUUGAUCUCAUUGGCUUCGGAGAACUUGUUGUCCGACUUGGCUAGGCCUCCGGGACAAUUGGGAGUGCAGCAGGGGCUGUCCCAGCUUGUCCAAGGGUCCAGUUGGGAUUACGCCGUCUUCUGGCAGGUUGUGGGAUUGAAAUCUGGUGGAGCUGCCUUGAUUUGGGGCGAUGGACAUUGCAGAGACAGCAAGGGUGGUGGAGUUGGAGACGAGAGUUCUAGUAGAGAUAGCAACUUGGAGGGAGUGCAGAAGAAGAAUGUGGAGGUGAGGAAGUGGGUGCUUGGGAAGCUCCACUCAUGUUUCAGUGGUUCGGGUGAGGAUAACUAUGCGAGGAGGUUGGAUCGGUUGUCAGAUGUGGAAAUGUUUUACCUUACUUCAAUGUACUUUAAAUUUCAACUUGAUUCACUGUAUGGUCCUGGGGAGUCGUACAAGUCGUGUAAAUCAAUUUGGGUUUCAAAUGUUGCUAGUUGCUUACAUCAUUACCAGUCGAGAUCAUUUUUAGCUAGAUUGGCAGGGUUCCAAACAGUGGUGUUUGUACCUAUGAAAUCAGGAGUUGUGGAGCUUGGUUCAGUCAAAUCAAUUCCGGAAGAACAGAAUAUUGUGGAUGUGGUCAGAAGUGUAUUUGGGGAAUCUAGCUCUGUUCAAGCAAAGGUAUAUCCAAAGAUUUUUGGACAUGAGCUAAGUCUCGGUGGUCCAAAAUCACAACCGAUUAAUAUUGCCUUUUGCCCAAAGGUAGAGACUGACUCUUCAUUUCCUUCAGAAUCUUUUGACUUACAAGCAAUAGGCACUUCAAACGGAUCUCGAACUGAGGAUAAUGAAGUUAAACUGUUUCCGCACUUGAGCCAAAUUAUGUCUGGGAAUUUCAGUUCUACAGCUGGUGUUUCAAGUUUAGAGCUGCCUAAAGACGAGUCAUCGGCACAAAUUGAUGAAAGGAAACCUAGAAAGAGAGGGAGAAAGCCUGCCAAUGGAAGAGAAGAACCAUUGAAUCAUGUGGAAGCAGAGCGGCAGAGGCGUGAGAAGCUUAACCAGCGGUUUUACGCACUUAGAGCUGUUGUUCCUAACAUAUCGAAGAUGGAUAAAGCCUCUCUCCUUGGUGAUGCCAUUACCUACAUCAACGAUCUCCAGAUGAAGAUCAGGGUCAUGGAAACUGAGAAGCAGAUGGGAAACAGCAGCCAAAUGCAGUUCCCGGUUCCAGAGAUUGAUUUCCAGGAACGGCACGAGGAUGCUGUUGUGAGGAUGAACUGCCCACUGGAUUCUCACCCGGUUUCUGACGUCAUCAGAACACUCAAGGAACAUAACAUUGUAGCUCAAGAUACUAAUGUUUCCAUAACAGACGAUGACACAGUUAUUCAUACAUUCUCCAUUCCUACUCAAGGUGGUGAUGCCGAGCAGUUAAAGGAGAAGCUGGUGGCCUCUCUUUCAAAAUCAUCCCAGUGUGUUUAUGGUACUAAUGAUAUUCAGUGAAGUUGUUUCAUAUAAUAUGCAAUACCUUACACCUGUUAUAUUAUUUUAUUGUCCUCUUGUAUUUUUUUUUCCUUACCCAUUCUGGUUAGCAAGAUACAUAUAACUGUGUAUUCUUAAUUAACAAGAUAACUGUGUAUUUCUUUUUGGUUUCAAUCUUUGAGUGUCCCCUUGUAUAUU